AUGGAGAGUCCCCACGAGCACCAGCAGGCAGUUCUUCUGUCGCGAAUCAUUACCAACGUUGAGAAGCUGAACGAGGCCAUUAUGGUCAUGAAUAAGAGCCUCCAGGAGGUCAACAUUCAAAAUAUGAACGUUGAGUUGGUCGCACAAAUGUUCAAGAACUACCAGUCCAAUGUUCUCUUCCAUCUUGAAGCUACCGAGAACCUCAAGGAGCCUUCCUAG